CAUUUCCGUAGCGACGUCCAAGCAAGCACGAUGGCCUUCCUUGGCCUCGAGACGCUGGUGCAGAAGAGCAUCUUCUGCGUCUACAUUGGCCUCUGGGUGAGCUACGGCCUUCUGAACGAGUACGCCAAGCGCAGCCAUAUCAAGUUUCACUCGGCGACGGCGGUCGUCGCGCAGUGCAUCGUCAAGCUCGUGCUCGCCGUUGGCCUCUUUAUGUCGCAGGACGGGUCGCUCGCCAAGAUGUUCGAGCUCUUCAAGCGCCAUCCCACGCUCUUCAUCUUGUACUUGAUCCCAUCCGGCUUGUAUGCCCUCUACGACAUCCUCGCGUACGUCAACCUCGCACUCUUUGACCCGCCCACGUACUUUCUGCUCUUGCAAUUCCGCCUCGUCAUCACGGGCCUCCUGCAUCAGCGCGUCUUCCACAAGACCAUGAACCAGAACCAAUGGCUCGCGAUUCUGGCCGUGACAAUUGGCUGCGUCAUCAAGACAGUCGGCGACAACGCGGGCGCCGCCGAGAAGCCGAUCCCGGUGUUUGCCUACGGCCUCUUGAUGGUGCAAAUCCUCAGCUCGACCUUUGCCGGCGUCUACAACGAAGCGCUGCUCAAGACCUACGACAAGAACUUGUCGAUCCAUUUCCAGAACACGAUCAUGUACCUCGACUCGAUCGUGUUUGUGAUGCUCUGCCUUGCGCUUGGCAUCACUGGCGUGAGCUUUCGCGACGCGACGGAUGUCAAGAACCUCGAGGCGCUCACGCACUGGCCCGUCCUCAUGAUGGUGCUCAUCAUGUCGUUCAUUGGCGUCGUCACGAGUCUCUUUCUCAAGUACCUCGACUCGGUGCGCAAGGCGAUUGCCUCUGGCUUGGAGCUCGUCGUGCUCCCGAUCCUCGCGUCGCUCUUGUUUGGCACCGUGCUCACCGGCUACCUCGUGCUCUCCGUGGCGCUUGUGGCCGGCGGUAUCUACUUGUACUCGCUGCCCGUUGCGCCAGCCCAACCGCCCCUCGCGCUGCAGAAAGACUCCAAGCUCGAGGACGUCGACGACGAGGAUUCCAAGUCGGUCGUGUAAAGCAACAAUC